AUGUCUGACGACUCGGUUGAUCCGGGAUUGCCGAGGUCUCGUCGCGAGCUCUUUUCGCUUGCCAAACUGUUUGUCCACGAUGGCCACGGUGGAGACAGCCAUCGACUGGGCAUCCACGCCGUCCACCAUGUUAGUGUGGAACCUGCACGGAAAAUCCGAGCAUUGCUGCGCGGUAUAUAG